AGUGCCGAUCAAAAUAAUGGUUCUUUGGUUGAUUGUCGUGUCAUUAUUCUUUGGAAUUUUAUUUAGAUUCCUUUUCUUUCACCAUCAAAAAGGGUUUGUAAAGUCAUUCAAACAUGUAAUGUGUAUUGAGUCAAACCAUGGCACCGAUUUAUCGGCUGUAAGGGCACUGUUUGUCACCGCGCACCCGGAUGAUGAAUGUAUGUUCUUCGCGCCAACCAUCAUACAACUGGUUCAGUUUAACGCCAGUGUUAAUCUUCUCUGUUUAUCUGAAGGAAAUUAUUACAAUCAAGGAUCUUUGCGUAAAGAAGAACUACUCAACAGCUGUGCGGUGUUGGGGAUACAGGGGUCUAAGGUCUCCAUAAUAGAUGACAAAAACUUUCCAGAUGAUCCCAAUGCACAAUGGAGCAUCUCCUUGGUGUCUUCUGUUGUCUCCAAACACAUAAAGAUGAAUUCUAUCAAUCUGGUGCUGACUUUUGAUGGACGAGGAGUAAGUGGCCAUGCGAAUCACACAGCCAUCUAUAAAGCUGUCAGCCAUCUUGCUUAUACAGGACACCUGCCCAUUGACUGCUGUUUGCUGUCACUGGAGACUGUUGGAGUGAUCAGAAAGUACCUCUCUCUUCUGGAGCUUCCCCUGAGCUGGCUGCUGCCCUCAUCUGUGUGCUGUAUGAUAGGCCUAGAGGGCUACAGACAAGCCAAAGCUGCUAUGCUUUGUCAUCGCACCCAGCUACUGUGGUUUCGGUACCUGUAUGUCAUGUUUUCACGCUACAUGUUUGUGAAUACUUUUCACAUAAUCCCACAAGGACCAAAAAAUCUCAAAAUGUAUUAAAUGUUAAUUUUUAUUUGACAUUUUAUCAAAUGUAUAUUUACACAAAUUUAACUAAAUUAGCUUUACAUUCAUUCACAUUUUGAGAAAUAGUCAGGGGCCAGGGUUGUAUCAGCAAUGAUUUUUAGCUCUAAUGCUUUAGCUAUUCUUUUAUCCUUGACCAAUCUAUCAAAAGUCAGUAAUCUACUGUAUGUACUCAUCAGAAACACUACAAUAUAAACAUUAAUAUAACUAUGUUGAGUUGGGUCUUAACACAGAUUUUAACACUAUUUUUACACAGAGGUGAAUAAAAAGUAUGUUAUUCCUUGUUAUUCUGUGUCUGUGUCAUUUACGGGUUUCGACAUGUUGCGAAUACUUUUAUGAGCUUGCAUGCUUUCUUCCCAUUGGGCACCACAGAAGUUUUCAACAGUAACACUUCUUACUGAACCUGGGUCCAAGCAGUGAGGGGCGAUACCUA